UCCCUGUUGUGGAACGGCAAGAAUUGUCCUUAAUACAUGGCUGAUCAUCUGUGUAGGUUUUGAAACCAGUUAGUGUUGAUGGUGGCAGAAAUGCUAGAUGUAAACAUGUUUAAACGUUUAGUCUUAAUUGCUGUCACAAUGUGGUCUCUGGGGAAUUUCUCAGAAGCAGAGAAAGUUGAACAAGAUGUGCAUGUCGAAAGUAUUACCAUGGACGUAACAAGAAGAUUACCCUUACCUGGUUCAUCAAACAUGACUGAAAUGGCCUAUGGCUUUGUUGCAAACAUUAUCGCUGUGAUCUUGUAUGGCAGCAACUUUGUCCCUGUCAAAAGGAUAGACACUGGUGAUGGUAUGUUUUUCCAGUGGGUGAACUGCGCAUCCAUUUGGGUAGUUUCGAUGAUCGGCGACUUGAUACUCGGCUCUCCCAAAUUCCAUCCGUUGGCAAUGCUGGGAGGAGCAAUCUGGGCCACAGGCAGUAUAACAGUCGUCCCCAUAGUAAAAUCCAUUGGACUUGGACUUGGAAUUUGUAUUUCGGGAUCCAGCAGUUUGCUGAUGGGCUGGGUAAGUUCAAGGUUUGGAUGGUUUGGUAUUGAAGCCCAGGAUGUUGCCAGACCGGUAUUGAACUACUGUGGCGUUGGUUUGUGCUUGUUGAGUGGACUCAUCUAUUUCUUUGUGAAGACUAAUGUUGGAGAACUUCCACAUUCAGGAUCCACCCCCUUACUGAUUAACAGGACUGUGAAUUCUGGUGGCUAUGGGCCUUCGGAGUGCUGGGUGGAUGUCAUAGGAGAAAAGAGAAAACGCUGUGUAGGCUGCUUGUUGUCCGUUGUAGCAGGCCUGUUGUAUGGGGCGUCCUUUGUUCCAAUCCUCUACAUCAAAAGCCAUGUGUCGGUCCACGACAGCAUCUACUACGGAGCCAGUCUAUACGAUCUUGACUAUGUGUUUGCCACGUGCUGUGGCAUCUUCCUCACCAGCAUGGUGUAUUUCUCCAUCUACUGUGCAGCCAUGAGGAACAGACCCAGGGUGUUCUCCAGAGCCAUCCUGCCAGGCUUUUUGUCAGGUCUGAUGUGGACGUUGGCCAGUUACUGCUGGUUUCUGGCUAACAACUACCUUAGUGCCGUGGUCACCUAUCCCAUUGUCAGUGCAGGUAAUGGUCUAGUCGCAGCUCUGUGGGGAAGUCUGGUUUUCAAAGAAGUCAAAGGCUUGGUAAACUGUUUAAUCUUCAUAUUAGCCUCCUGUGUUGUCCUGACUGGAUCACUGCUGACGGCGUUCUCCAAUGUGUAGUGGAACAGAGAAUCAAUGUACCCCCUAGGUGGCAGCGUUAUACAGGAAUGGCCCUCCUGGAGGAGACCUGGGGUGUAUUCAGUGAGGUGACAUGUUCUGAAUGUUGCCGAUGGAAAGGUAAUGGAAAGAGCUGAUUCACGAGCACCUAUUCUACCUCAGACUAUCUGUUCUAGAUAGGAAUAUAUUAUCUGAACAUUCUGUAAUGUUACACCCUCCUGAACAGGGCCCUGGAUGGUGAAGUAUGUUUGUCUCUGAUAGUCCUUCUGUUUUGUCCGUACAUCUAAUGGAGCACCUCAUCACCUGGUUAAUGAGGAUUCAGCUGUUGCUUGUUCAAUAGUUUUCAAAUUCAAGGGCAUUCUGAUUGUUAUAGAGGGAAGAUGUAUUUAUAAUUUGCACAAUGUUUAUACGGUACUGAAAAUAAAUAUUUAUGGUGUUGUCGUCUGUGGCACUUUGCCAUGAAUGUGUGAGUUAGAUUUUUAUGAAAAUGUCAUCUUAAUGUUCAUCUUUAUUUGGAACAUGUUUGAAUAAAAUACCUGACAACCACAA